AGAUACGAUCAAUCGCGUAUCUACGAUAGAUGGAUAGAUAGAUAUGCGCGCGCCUGUCGCGCGGUAUUUCAGAUACUAUUUAUUCGUUUCCGUUUCGUUCGCCGUUUUUCUGUGAAUUCCAUUGGUCGUUACGAGAUCGACUCUGACGAUUGUUGCGACGUGCCACUGAGAAAUGAAAAUUGAUGGCGAAUAGGAUCGCGAUUAGACGCGAUUCCGCGUCGCCAAGGAGAAACGAACGUUCGUCUGUUUCUGUUUGCGCGAAAUGCAUUGGACGUGCUAGCAACAAGGGCAUCGUCAAGUCGAGGAGGAGUCACGGAUCUGUGCCUCGUCUUUGGACGUUCUACCGAUCACGGACCACCACCACCGCCGCCGCCGCCGCCACCAUCAUCACCUCCGUGGAUGUUCCAGCAAUUUCGACCUGGCCGUUGUUGAAAUUUCGGCCACGUUUUUCCUUUCUUCCGCCGUGUUCCUCACGAUACAGAGAUGAGGGAAAUCGUGCACAUUCAAGCUGGACAAUGUGGCAACCAAAUCGGUGCCAAGUUCUGGGAGGUGAUCUCUGACGAGCAUGGCAUCGAUCCGAGCGGCAUCUAUCACGGAGACUCGGACCUGCAGUUGGAAAGGAUCAACGUGUACUACAACGAAGCGUCCGGUGGAAAGUACGUACCGCGCGCGAUUCUUGUCGAUUUGGAACCUGGUACGAUGGACUCGGUGCGGUCGGGCCCGUUCGGACACAUCUUUCGACCGGACAAUUUCGUGUUCGGUCAAUCCGGAGCGGGCAACAAUUGGGCGAAAGGACAUUACACGGAGGGCGCGGAACUGGUGGACUCGGUGCUCGACGUGGUGAGAAAGGAAGCGGAGAGUUGCGACUGCUUGCAAGGUUUCCAACUGACUCAUUCGCUGGGCGGUGGUACCGGUUCCGGUAUGGGCACUCUUUUGAUCUCCAAGAUCCGCGAAGAAUAUCCCGACAGGAUAAUGACCACGUUCUCGGUGGUACCAUCGCCGAAGGUAUCCGACACCGUGGUCGAGCCGUAUAACGCUACCCUUUCGGUCCAUCAACUGGUCGAAAACACCGACCAAGCUUACUGCAUCGACAACGAAGCUCUCUACGACAUUUGCUUCCGCACGCUCAAGUUAUCUACCCCGACAUACGGGGACUUGAACCAUCUGGUGUCGGCGACGAUGUCGGGAGUAACUACUUGUCUCAGAUUCCCCGGACAACUGAACGCCGAUCUGCGGAAGUUGGCGGUCAACAUGGUUCCGUUUCCGCGUCUGCAUUUUUUCAUGCCUGGCUUUGCGCCGCUCACCUCUAGAGGAAGCCAGCAGUACAGAGCGUUGACGGUUCCGGAACUCACUCAACAGAUGUUCGACGCGAAGAACAUGAUGGCAGCUUGCGACCCCAGACACGGACGAUAUCUAACAGUGGCUGCGGUGUUCCGUGGUAGAAUGUCGAUGAAGGAGGUCGAUGAGCAAAUGCUCAACAUUCAAAACAAGAACAGCUUUUACUUCGUCGAAUGGAUCCCGAACAACGUGAAAACGGCCGUUUGCGACAUUCCGCCUCGCGGCUUGAAGAUGUCUGCCACCUUUAUCGGCAACUCGACAGCUAUCCAGGAGCUGUUCAAGAGAAUCUCCGAACAAUUUACCGCUAUGUUCAGGAGAAAAGCUUUCCUUCAUUGGUACACCGGCGAGGGUAUGGACGAGAUGGAAUUCACCGAAGCCGAGUCGAACAUGAACGAUCUGGUCUCGGAAUAUCAGCAAUACCAAGAAGCCACCGUGGAGGACGACGGAGAGUUCGACGAGGAGGAAGAGACCGAGAAAUGAGGAGCGAAAAACGAGACGACAUCUUCCUAUUCCUUUCGGAAGGCAGCCAAUCGAAGUCACUGCGCAAAUUCCUCGUCGAUCCAGCCGUUCGUUCGAUCAAACGCCACCACCGCGACAUAUCCAGUUUCGCGAACGAAA